AUGUAUUGGGAUAAUCAUGCAUCUCCUCUUGUCAUUGUAGUACUGUGCUGUCUAGUUUGGCUCGGUGGACCGGGUCUAACUCUAUGUUAUCUACUCCCAUAUAUAAAUCCAUACGCGAUCGGUGUACUCAGCUGCUUGCUCGGCCUGCAUUCCUCGAAUCAAGCUCCCAGCUCUCUGCAAGUUGUGGUCCCACGUAUCAAUUGA